AUGGCAGCCCCAACACCCGCCCGACCGUCCGGCGACCGCCGUACAUCUGCAGUUCAAAAACGCACCUCCAUACUCCCGAAACCCAGCUCUCUAUUUCUCGACCCCUCCGUGCUCGUCGCGCAACACGCCUCCUUCACAGGCAUACAUCCCAUCACCGUCGGCCCAAACACCGUGCUGCACCCUCACAGCAAGAUCAGUAGCGCGAUAGUUCCUGUUGUGCUGGGUGAAGGCGUCAUUGUGUACGAACGGGCGCGGGUGGGCGUUGGUAGCGGCGAUGCCGACAAACGCGCCAGUUCUGCAGCGGGUGGCAGUUCAAGAGAGAGUAUGAGAGUCGACGGGACCUUUCUAGGGCGACACGUCAUAAUUGAGACGGGUGCGAUUAUUGAAGCAGCCGAAAUCGGCGAGGCGAGUGUCAUAGAGGCCGGAGCUGUGCUUGGGAGGGGAUGUGUAGUGGGCAAGGUACGCGGUGUUCUCAUCACAGAUAAUGGAAAUAACUUACUGACAUUGCUUCUGAAGUUCUGCACUGUCUCAGCACACUGCAUCGUACCGCCGCACACGCAUCUCCCCGAUUUCACUGUAGUUUAUGCGGGGACACUCAAGAGGAUUGACAAAACGCUGCAAGCGAAACCGCAGGUGCAAGGGAUGAAAAGCGCUUUGCAUGUGAAGCAGUUGGACAUGUUCAGAAAGCUUCUCCCCAAUCAAAUUUCCAAAUGGACUUGA